UCACGGCGAAGAUCCGCAGCCUAUAUGACUGUCAGCUGCGUCUGAUGCACAACAUUCAGCCUCUGCCAUCUGGUACCGACAUCGCCAACACUGUCAAGUACUUCUCGCAGACGUUGCUUAGUGUUCUUAAAGAUGUACCGCGGUCGCCUCUGGAGAUGUUGCGGGACGCCGACGACGACACGGACCGGAUGACCCUGUACCCGAAUCUUGACUACAAGGGGCUCUUCAAUGCCAUAUCACAACUGGUUGAUGCCGCUCCACAUCUGCAGUACGGAAUACAAGCAUUCGGGCAAGCAGUCCUUCAAUGCCUGGGUUGUCUGCUUCCAUUCUUGGAGUAUGACAUGAUCGACAACCUGCCGUACCUGGUGGCGUACUGCGUGGCAGUGUUCCCUUUGUCCCUGCACCAGGAGAUCCUGCAUCUACUCUGCUACUACAUACUGCCGUUCACUAUCACGCGUCGGUAUUCAGGGCAAGAAGAAGAAAGCCAAGCAUCGCAGUCAGUCGCUGCCAUCGUCAUGAUGGUGUUUCAACAUUCCAGUAACCCAGCUCAUCACUGCCAACUGCUGGAGUGUCUAAUGUCCAUGAAACAGACGGUAGUCAAAGACAUUCUAUGCGUGAUCGCCUACGGGACUUGGGGAGCGAGGUUAUCAGCUGCCAAGCUUCUAUUCUACUACUGGCCACCGUUCGACGCCAAACUGUUCGACAGGAAGGGGCUGCUAUGCAAGUUCUCUAACGACCUGGUCCCGUUCCUGUGCCAGCGCGACAUGUGCCCCAACGCGGGCUCGGCCGAGGCGGCCAAGGUGUGCUACGACCACUGCAUCAGCGUCACCUUCGCGUCCGACAGUCCCCCGCCUCUGUAUCUGUGCAUUGAGUGCGCGAAUGAGAUACACAGGGAACAUCCCAAUCAACGUUUCUUCGACAUCUUACAUCCACAGCAGCAAGUCUCCAUGGUUUGUGAGAACAAGAACUGCCGGUCUACGGAUAAAGCUGCGUAUUCGAUUUGCUUCUCCAAUGAAUGCGCGAGUUACAACGGCAAUCAUCCGAUCAGAUACUGCCAGCAGUGUCACGGCAACAGACACAACAGCCGUCGAGGCGGCGACCACGUGGUUCAUACUCGCCUUCCACACGCCUGGCAGAUGGACAGCGACAUGCAGACCAACCUGGUGGAGGCCAUCAUCAGUUUGCUGAAAGAAGCAAAGCCGAUCAAUAUGGAAGACCCGGAUAGUUCUACUGAACAACUGAAGCCCCCGCUGAGCGUCAACUUACCGGACCCUAUAUCUGUAGAAGACAGGCAACUGUUAGGCAGAUAUGGCGUAUGGUUGAUGGUGGGUCUGUGCACCCCUAACCCCGAUACUCCGGACGAAGUACUGGGGCGACUGCUGUCUGUACUGUUCCAUUGGUUUCAUGUCACUUCGUUUUCGUAUACGGGAGACACAGCAAACGCGGUAGAGAAGCUUAAACUCGAACACGUAUGCGGUUGGGUCCGGAGUAUCGGCGAGUCGCAUCGCGGCGUUUUAGUCGCUUGCUUAUUACCUCAUCCACCGCAUUAUACGAGGCAGGCGGGGCACUGGGACAACUUGGCUUCGAAGGCCCAUCACCUUAAAGAUGGCUUGAAUAGGUUGUACUGUCUUAUUCCUUACGGAAUAAUAACUCAAUCUAUAUGGGACUACAUUAUGCCGGCGUGGAUGGAAGCUAUAUGCACUGAUGUACCAGAAAAGGAGCUUAUGGAGCUAAAGAUACCAUUGGCUAAGAUACUUGAGCCAGACGGCAGUAUGGUGGGGGUAGAUGAGAAGAACUUGUACAAAUUCGCGGCUCAACGGGUUUCAGAUACUCCGACUCCGGAGACUGUUCUGCCAGUACUGGAGUGGUUUCAGACUAUAUCAAUGCUCGACGUGAAGAUUCCAUUGAGUCAACUGUUCGACCUUUUCAGUCAUUGCGUCAUCAAUUUACCCGAGAAAAUAUUCAAACCUCAAACAGAGGGCUUAAAGAAUGAUAGUUCUCCCUCUUCCGCCGAUAUAGAGAAGAAAGAGAAAGACGACCAGAUGAAACCACAAAACCUCACCUGCUGCAUAUUGAUGCUUGACAUAUUGCUGAAACAGAUGGAGUUGCAACAAAGACGCAUCAACAUACAGAACGUAAGCAGCGAAGCCACUAAGCUGCUACGACUUAUGCUCAAAUCUAACCAGACCAACACUAUCGAACAUGCGGUGUGCUUAGCUGAAGGCGCUUGUUCUUACUGCGAAGCGGCAGCUUUAUGGCAUCAACUCGCUGUCCUUCUAGUGCGUGCACUUGUUCCAGACAAACCUCGUUUCAUGACUGAGCCGUCGCUGGACGACAUUUGGUCGGACACGCAGACGCGUAAGAACCAAUCAGAGGACGAGCGCAGUAAAUCUGGCGGCACUCCCGCGACAUCUGUUGACGCGUUGAUGUCACUAGCACACAGCGUGGGGCCCGACAAGAGCUCAGUGGGAGGCGUACUCGUGCAUAUGCCGCACUUUGUUCAUUUCAUGCAACUCUCACUCAUAAGCGACGCGUCUUCGGACCCCGUAUUGACUAAGUCGUCAGGCGACACGCAAAUCAUGACUGCUACGGUGGAGACCAUCACCGAACAACUGGAUAUGGCUGCUGCUUUGCCGCCUGCAGACCAACCUCCUAUGGCCACUGCUCACACUAUCACACUGACUGAUACAGAUGUCGCCACUGCUACUGCUGAUGUGUCGACUCCUAAUUUGUUGGGAGACAACGAAUGUAUGGCGGAGUCCGUUGAAGACGACUUGACCAACUUCUGGCCCACUUCCGCUGGGAAAUUCCACUUCUGCAUCGAGGAACUGCCCCAAGAGUUGCAGUACAUUCAUCAGCUUUUGCAGGAACUGAAGAACACCUCGCGGCCGGAUGUGCUCUACCACUUGCUGCAAUGUCUUCAGACUUUGGUGCUGAACGCAGACGCUUUAGCUGAUCACAGGGGCUUCCUCAUAUGGUGCCAGGAGAAUUUGCUGAUUGAUAACCUCUGGAACGUAUGCAACGCGUGCCAUUCCCACAUAUGUUCUGUGGCCGUGCCAGUAUUACUGCAUUGCGUGACGCUAGCGGGCGGUGCCGACGUGUUCUGUGGCCUGGUGCGAGACCAGUUCCAUCAUCACGAGGCUCGGGUACGAUUCACCGCUGUGGAACGAGUCAGCAUUAUUAUCAGGUUUAUGGAUGGUUCGCCCAUAAAGACGAGUCUACCUCUCCAAACAGCGUUGGCUACCGCGUUUUGCUACCUCAUAUCCAGCAUGGACGACACCAAUGUAUAUGUGGCACAGCGGGCAACGUUAUACAUCGGCACCAUUCAUGACAAUGCGAUUGAAUUACUCCUUUACUGUCUGGAGACACAAUUCGACCUGGUGAUAGUAGACCGGCCUAUGGUGCUGCAGUCGAUCUACCAGUUGCACAACACGUUGAGCGAUCGCCGCAUCCUCAAGUGGGAAUUCUUCCUGAACAGAUUCGAAGCACUACUGUUAGAGGCACAGAUUAACUCCAACAAGGCUAUAGAUUUCUCCAAUCUGAGAGAACUAGUCAGCAGUGAGACGAGCUCCGAAUGGUUCCUAUACAAGGUUCGUCGAGCGCACGAAGCGCUCAGCGUUUCCGCUCGCGAGCCGCACGUGAACACGCUGAGCGCAUCGUUCGGAACAAAAUGGCCGUAUAAGAGAACCAUAUCCGCGCCUGCCACUAUGCCACCGCAGCCCGACGCCAGGCCCGAGCGCGAGAAAGUAUACUCGCGGCAAUAUUCUGCACCGUUGUUGAAGCGCAAGACUUCUCGAUUCGGACUCGGACAACUGUUGGCCACGCCGCAGCCUUCGGCUAAUACGCAGCGGACUAACAAUACGCAUGAUGGAUUUCAUUCUAUGUCGGGACGUUCCACGGAGGACACGCUUACUACUGUCAUACCUAAAGCUGUAGAUUUGGAAGAGGCUGACAGAGAAACCACUAAUUUGUUGGUGUUUCUGCUUAUGCAAUUUUUAUCUAGAUCUGACCAAGCCCAUCCCACUGAAGACAAAGCGACAGCCAAGACUCAGGAGUUGGUGCUGAAGCACCUGUUCUUACUGCUCGGCUACAACUGCGUCGAGAAAUACUUCCAUAUCUCACCGUACACCCUGAGACAAUCAUCGAUAUUCAAUGCAUUCAUGGCCAACCUGCCCCAAGUGCUGGACCAGAACCACGUGAUGGGAGCGAGUAUCGCCGAGCCAACGUUGCUACUCUUACAGUACGUAACGGGAGGCAGCCACUCCCACACUGGCAGCGUGCCGCCCGCCGCCAGCCACUCGCUCGCCGCGCUCGAGCCGCACGCGCGCCGCCACUGGCUCAUGGCGCUGUUGGUGUUACUGUAUAAGUAUCACUACUCGAGCGGCACGCUGUGCAACCAAGUGCAGUCAUUAGUGAGGAUCGUACUAAACACAGUGGAGGGUCAGUAUCAUCAGUGCAAGCGGAUCCCGCCCAUGAUUGUUAUGCCGCAGGCACGCACUAGAGAUUUGAGCCAACCGUCUCUAAAGACCGAAGUAGAAGUAUCAAACGUGGCCGGCAUUGCCAGCGGUUCCAACGUUAGCACAUCGGGCGGGGUGCCAGUAGUAGCGGGUGCGGUAGCGGGCGCCAGCUCGGGCGCGGGCGGCAGCAGCUGCAGCCCGCUGGGAGUGGAGCGCAAGCCCAAGCUGCAGCACAAGUCGCCCGCGCAUAUGCACACGCAUUGGGAGGAGCCUACUAAACCUGCCAAAUAUCAGCAGUGGAGUUUGGAACAAGAAUCGUCUGAGAGCGAAUUGAUCGCUAUUCCUGAGACUAGCGACAAAUCCGAUACCACAGUCCACGGGAGCACAGCACCGGGUUCCUUUGAUGAGCCGUCGCACUAUGAAGACCUACCACCAAAAGUUGAUAAUAUGCCGACGUCUUCCCAUCCUCCACUCAACAAGAUAAAUUCUGCCGUAGGCUCACGUUCCGCUCAUCAGCUAUCUACAAGUUCAUCAGUGUCUAUUGGAAGCGACUCUUCUAAUCUGAAAUCUACUCCCAUGAGCGGGCAGUCGGUGGAGAUCUGGCCGGACCAGCUGCAGGCGUCGCCGCGCGCCAAGAUACUGGGCAAGCAGAAGAGAAUCGUCGUGGGCAGCAGUACAUCUCCCGAUACGGCUCCGUCCUCCAACGGCGAAGGGCUUUCUGCUCAGCAUCACGCACCAAGACAUCGCAGCCCAGUGCGCUGCGAAGGCCCAUACGCGUCGCCGGAGUCGCCGCUGUCCAAGAUGGAGGUUGCGUGGAGCUGCGCCCCUCGCGCCCCGCCCGCCCACGCCGCCCACACCUUCCAUAUCCCGCCCCCGGAGAGAUUGCUGCCAAUCGGCCCAAAGCCAAACAAAGAACAGUAUCCUGUUUUCAAUGCUCUAGUGGACAGAGUGAGAGAAGCUUUAAGCUUGCCAGCAGAUGAUUCAACGGACAAGACAGACUCCAGUCGUUCUGAACAAGAACCUGUUCCGAUGCCGACCAGCAGGCCCCAGGACCUCUCCAAGAAACUGUCUUCUGAAGGCCCCAGGUCCCGCGGUGCCUCGCCUCGUCGUUUGGCGCGGCAGGCGGCGCAGAUGGGGUCCCCUCCACACCAAGAUCCUUCCCAACAACGACCGCAAAGCACAGAUAGCGGAUGCGAGGGAGUAGAGAUGGGAGAAGGUAGCGGGGAAGGGGGGUGGUGGGAAGAUGGUUCCAGACAAGCGCAUUCAAAUCCUGGACCUAGGGCUGAUUCUACCCUAUGCUACCGGUGUGCCGAAUGCGGCGGCGCUGUAGAACAAUACAGCGACGAAGAGCUGGGGUUGUGCGUGAUUGCACUAGCUACGUUUGUCCAUCGCGAGCCCGCGGCCGCGGCUUCCAUGUUGCCAGCCCUUCUACACGCUGUCAGUAGGGUCGUUCAGUUGGGCAACUACUCAUGGCAGGCGGACACCAACACCCGGCUGCCCGGCAGUGCGGUGUUUGUAGCCCAUCAGUUCUUGCGCUGCGUGCUGCAUCAACUAGCUCCAAAUAAUGUCUUCUUACAAAUCUUCUUGCAAAGGACGCCUGAAAAACAACGCGCAAUGUUCUUCAAGAGCAUCGCACAAGCAUUCGUAGACUUCAACGAGUUGUAUCCCUGCGGGCCUUUGCAGUUGGUCGUGGAGCAUCUAAACUCAAAGAAGACUCUGCCUAUUGAUCAAAUCACGGUGAUAGCGGGCAACAUCGCCACAUACUUAGAGUGCCUGGCACCCGAAGCGUUAGGGCCGCCCAGCGCCUGCGCGCCGCUGCUGCAGCAGUUGGACGCUCUACUGCGCUCCACGGCGCUGCAGCUGCAGCAGCUGGACGACGUCAUGCCGCUGCUGAGGGCUGCGGCUGCAGUGCUGCGACUACCCGCCGCGGCGCAGCAUAAGAGCAUCCUGGAGCCAAUAUCGAAGAUCAUCAGCUACGGCAUACAAAACUUCGUGGUGAAACUGUCCGUGAUUUCCGAACUAUCCGUAGUUUGUAUGAGGGCGUUUAGUCGAGACAGAGACAAGUUGCUCGUAUGCAGAGUGCUUGUUUACGAGCUGGUGCAAGCUCUGAGGACUAAGAGCACUGUUCCUGAUGACAAUCUGUUUAUACUGAUACAGUACGUGCUUCAAGGCCACGGCUGUACACUAGUGCUUCCACCGCAACUUCACACCGGAGAAUUAUUAGCCGGAGCGGCCGGUGAAGCCCGAGAACUGGGCAGCGGAGCCGUGGACUGCAUGCGGCCACAUCUCGCCGAUAUGCUGGAACUGUUGCAGGACCCGCACUUACUCAACAAGAUCAAGGGCUCAGUUUCCAAGUCCAUAGUGAACCGCAACCUGAUCUGCUUGAACGAGGACACUCUAGGGGCCAUAGUGAAGGGGGGCAUAGCUCAAUAUGUCGCCAUGGAGCUGGCUCUGGAGCACAGCCGCGGUAGACAAGACAGACCUGCCCAUAGACACAUGCCCUGGCUGGCGGUGUCUAUACCUGGAUCGCGCGACAUUUUCGAGGUGGUAGGCAGAGUUCGCCUAGUAUCGUGGUUGGUGAUGGGAGCUCUUUGUAACGCGCGCACUAAUCUGCCGCUGCAGCAGCCAGUGCCACAAGAUGCCACCUGCCAUAUGACCGACCAUAUUCAGACUAUAAUGGCCUCUUACAUCGAACAAUCGAAGCCGACUGGACAGCGGAUGAACGCUUUGUUCCACGCCUUCAUACUUUGCCAACUGUGGACUCUGUACCUCGAAGAGUUGGCUGGAAGCAGCUCACCUAGCAGUGAACCACAUAAUACUACACUGUGUAUACUACUCGAGUUUUGGUGCAAACUGGUGCCGCCAAUGUUGCAAGUCACCAUGCAUUCCAAACUGCUGGCAGAGACAGUGAAUCUGCAUUUCCUGAGCCUGUUGGAAUCGCUACUGGAAUGUAACUCUACGGUGUUAAACAAAUUGCUGCCUUUGUGGACGCCUAUACUACAUUCGCCUCUGUUUAAUAUGCCUCGCCACGUCGCUCAGCGUCUGGACGUGUGUCGCGAUGUGAAACCGGAAGCGGUUCGAACAUACGCGGGGGCGGGAGUCGGUGCAGGAACUAAUGCUAGCGGGGGAGUGACGGGCGGAUCUGCUGCGCGUACGCAUCGACGGCUACAUAGGUUGCUUGCUAAGAUGGCGCAGCUGGAAUUGCAGCCGCACACCUUCUACUUCAUAUAGAUGAGUUAUGAGAUACUUAUAUGUGUCAUUUUAGUAGAAAUACUAAUGAAUUUUUUGGUUAAAAAAAUAUUGAUGCUAUGUAUCUAAAGAGAUUUUUACAAGAAUUGUCUUUAGUGACUUUAUUAAGAAACGUACUGAAUAUUGUAUUUAAUAAAUAGAAUAAUGGACGCUUUCAUAUUGGGGGUGGCACACAACGAUAUUAAAUACCCUAGAUACACCAUGUGCGUUAAAAAUGUGUCCCAAUCAAGAAGUGCUUGAACAACUCUCAAGAACUUCUUGGUUAACAGUCGAGUGCAGACCGUUGAAAACUUAACAUGCCGCAGCUCCGUGAAAAAUUUUGAAAAACAUUCUUAUAGUACGUAAAGUGUAUACUAUAAACAAAUUUAAUAGAAAAUAUUUAUAUAUCCAAAUACAUGGUUGGUAAUAUAGCUGUCACUAUUCCUCGCGGUCUGUACCUGCUAUAUUGCUAACAGCGCAUUCGGAAUUACGCGUAGUCAAAGAAAUAAGGUCGGUAGCAAUAACUCGUAAAAUUUUACGAGCUUGCAUUUCGAACUGUCAUACCUCUUUGACGUAUGCGUUUUAAUUAUGACCUUAUACAGUAUGCAUUAAAGGUGACUUUCAAUGUUUAAAUCAAUGUUUAAAUAAUGUAUUAUAUUGUUUUUGACUACGCGAUCAUCUUACGGAGCUCCGAAGAUCGUCCAAUGUACCUUUUGGACAGGUUCUGGGCACGAUUUUGUUCUUAUUGGUGUAUCUAGGGUAUUUAAUAUCGUUGGUGGCAUAUUAAUCACGUGAUGCUUUUAGCAACUUUUAACCCCCCCCCCCCCCCUUUCUGGUUUAAGCUUUAGACUACCUCUCCCCCUAUACACAAAGUCACUUGUUUUUUUAUAUGAAGUAUAUUUAUAUUUUUAGAAUUUUACAUUUAAAUUGUUGCCUGGCAAGAAGCCGGGCACGCGCAGCUGAUUAGUCUAGGAAUCGUACGUUUAACGAAAAAGAAAUACACUUUUAUGUCAAAUGGGGCUGAUCACGGCUGUACAAUUUAACACCCAUAUAUGCAUCACAAGUAAAGUACCUAUUUUAUUUGUACUAUCUCUCAUUAUAUCCCUCCCCUCUCCUUGUGAUAUUUCAUAAUUUUUUGUCAGACCUGAUUAAUGGAUGAUUCCAUAAGCGUAUUUAUACUGAUCGAAAUAAACAAUAUGAAAAAUUAUGUGCCAAAUUAUAAGUGUAAGCCAAGGCCAUUAUUAAGACAGAUUUUAUUGUUUAGUAGUAUUUUUGUAGUAGUUUAAAAAUGCGACUAACAUAAAAGUUUACCAUAAGUAGAUGUCUAAUAAAUGUUUUAAAUACUUACCUAUGUUUAUGUUGUACAUAGAUCAAAUAAUAAUGUUUUAGAGAAAAUAAAAAAUGUUUUUAAUG